GCGCCUCGUGGAGCGGGAUUAUUCCGAGGAGCUCCGUGCGUUCCCUCCUCCCCGCAUCCGCUGUUGUCCUCCUCCACAGCAGACUGGGAGUCGGUCUGGAACUGGGGGGGCUUUUCGCAUGCAGCAGCGGGGUAAACAAACCAGGAGCUGUUUUCAUGAAGCCCGGCGUCUCUGCUUGAGCGAUGUAACUGGAAAUCCCGCAGCUGCCCCUCAAGACUUUUCCUGAGAAUGGGAUCAUAGUGAGCGUCCCUGGGAUCUGAAACACUUGCUAGCAUGUUGCAGCCUUCCGGCAGAGCAGGUGGCGGCCCGUGGGAAACGUCUCCUCUCGGGGCUUGUGGGAGAUGGGCCCUGCUGGUCUCCCUCUGCACAGCCUACCUCUGCCUUCCGGGGGCGGCGGGGUCGGCGGUGAACUGCCACAAAAACUGCAUCUGCGCCUCCAACAUCAUCAGCUGCUCCAAGAUGAAUCUGUCGGUCGUCCCGACGGGGCUGCCGCUCUACACCGCCGUGCUGGAUCUCAGCUAUAACAAGAUCGGCCGGCUGCAGUCGGAGUGGACCACAGUGAAGCUGCCGAACCUCCACAACCUCCUGCUCAGCCACAACGGGCUCCACUUUGUGUCUCUAGAGGCGUUCGUCUAUGUCAAACACCUCCGCUAUUUGGAUCUGUCCUCGAACAACCUGCGGCAGCUGGAGGAGUUCAUCUUCGAGCCCCUGGUCAACCUGGAGGUCCUCCUGCUGUACAACAACCAAAUCACACAGAUCGAUCGCUCCGCCUUCAUCGGCAUGGUCAACCUGCAGAAGCUGUACCUCAGCCAGAACCAAAUCUCUCGCUUCCCCGUGGAGCUGGUGCGGGAGAAGUCCCGUUUGGAGAAGCUCACCCUCCUGGACGUGUCCUCCAACAAGAUCAAGAUGCUGCGGAUCGACGAGCUGCAGGCCCUGCCUGCCUGGAUUAAAAACGGCCUCUACUUCCACAACAACCCGCUGCUGUGCCACUGUGAUCUCUACACGCUCCUCGCUCACUGGUCCAUCCGGAAGCUCAACUCCGCCGUGGACUUCAGAGACGACUUCACCUGCGUCCUCCCCGGCCCCGAAAAGACGCCGGUCGGGGUGUUCGAGCUGAGCGGCAACUCCAUGAACUGCAGCACGUUUGAGGAGAAAGACGAAGAGGCGUAUCUGAAGCAGACCCUGACGCUGGGCUGCGACACCAAGCACAGGGACAUGGCCAAGACCUGGAGGCUGCCCGGGAACGUCCCCGUGACGGCGGGAAGCAACCAGACCGCCAAAGUCCUGCCGGACGGCAGCCUGCAGAUCAGUCCGGUGAGAGCCGAGGACUCCGGCACCUACACCUGCAUCGCCAUGAGCGAGGCGUUCAACGAGACCAUCUACGUGGUGCUCAAGGUUUACAACUUCACCAUGGAGGGGAGCGGCGACACGCUGAACACAGCGUACACCACGCUGGUGGGCUGCCUGGCCAGCGUGGUGCUGGUGCUCAUGUACCUCUACCUGACGCCCUGCCGCUGCUUCUGCUGCCCCAGCAAGAACAAGGCCCAGGGCGAGGACAGCAUCCACUCCUCCAUGCUCAGCGUCACGCCCACGCACGGCGACCCGGAGCUCAAGGCCGAGCUCAACCGCCACGUGGCGUUCAUAGACUCCAAGGACUUGCAGGGGCAGAACGGGAAGCUGAAUCCCACCGAGGAGGAGGAGGAGGAUGAGGAGGAGGAAGACGAGGAGCUGGACGCAGAGGCCGGUUCCCUCAUGAAGGGGAAGAGGAAGAAGUCAGUAGCAGAGUCCAUCAGCUCCGUCUUCUCAGACACUCCGAUGGUGGUCUGAGAGGAAUCCGGCAGAGGCGGCAGGCGUCACAUGACUGGACGUAUGACGGGACUACAAGAGCCAUGUUUUAGUUUAUAUCAAUCCUGACUAGUGACCUUGUGGGAGAAAUCUAUGGAGGGAUCUCCUUCGUUCGUAGUUUCCAGCACGUGGGAAAAAACAGACUUGAAAGGGAGUAAAAAAGACAAACUGUCUUGUUGUCAUGUGGGACAAUGAACAGGACUUUUCCAGCAAUUUAAUCUGUAGCACUUAAUAUUCAUACUGUGAAGGAUGGUGGUGGACUCAGACGGUGGAAGCCAACAGUCUUACUCUAGUAAAUGAUGUACUGAGGAAGGGAUCUAUUACACUGAAGAGUGUGGGAAAUAAGUAGAGCGAAUUUAGUUUUCAAAAGCAUAAUAUGUUACACGUAGUAUAUAUCAGAACCAGAACUGGCUCAUAUUUAUAUUGAUUAAGAAUGAUUAGAAUAGAUCGCAUCCUGUGUAAACAAUAGAGCAUAGGUCCAUUCAUCCAUGGGAGGAAAGAUUUAGAGUCACAUUAACCUGGCGUCACCUGCAGUGAAGCGGCGUGCCAGAACGCCUCGUCACGAGACUCCAGAACGCAGCAGAGACGGUGGGAAGAUAAAUUCUAUCCAUGAGUAGUCAGAUAAUCAUAUAUGAAAGCAGGAACGCAAACAUAUUAAAAGAUGCUGCGUCAUAUUCAGGACUUCGUGGAACUCGGUUGUAGUAAAUUAGAUCCUUAUUAGCAUUCAUUCUUGUCAUGAACUGUGAUGAAACGCAGAUGCUUUUUGCUUUAAAGAAUCAACUUUGGUGCAUAUUGUUAUUCAGCUUUUUGGACCCCAUUUACACGACAACGCUUCAAGUGGAAAAUGCUUCGUUUCUGCAUUUUCGUUUCACUUGUCAGCAUUUUGAAAACGAUGUCCGUUUACACGGCAAUGGCAGAAACGCCCAAAACUAAUGCAGUUUUCACACUGGGCCACCAGGGAGGCGUUUUCAGCAUCUUCGAGCGCCGUUGUCAUGGAAACGGACCCCGAAACACAACUGAAGUUCGGCAUUUUCACUUGAAAACGUUGUUGUGUAACCAGGGCCUGAAUUACAGCGACCUUUGUAGUUUUCCAUUGAAUAAAAACAUGGAAUGCCUUCAGGAGACACACGCCGGCGGGCAGAGGCGUCCAUCCUCUGCUGCAACCGUUGAGGGAGGGACAGACGCGUGUUUGUCGUUACGCUGAGGUGCCACGUUACCGUCGUCCGAGUCCGACUCGUCCUCGUCUCGGCCGGGUUAAAGGAAAGUCAACGACAGCAGCUGCAGUGUUUAACCGGUUGUUUCUGUUCUCUGUGUCAAAUGUGCACCUUACUCCGAGUCCAGAAUUGUUUUGUUCGCAAAAGAAAAGAUUUUCAUGCAUCAUAAAUGAUGUGGUAUAUCAGUGUUGGAUGACGCUUGUUGCCUGGAUGGACGGCUCCGGUUUUUGCUUUGUGGUUGAAACGUUGUUUACAUGAGUCAAAGUGGAAGGAGAGGAAAAUGUUUGUGGUUUCUCCAGAAUAUUUACUUCACGAUUGAUUUGAUUUGUUGAGGAAAGACCUCGGCGUCAUGUCUGUAGCUGCUGACAGGAGAUCUCUGGUGGAACAAGCCAUUUAAACGCUGAAUGGAUCGGAUGCUGCACAUAUAUAACUAUAUAUUUAUCUACGACCUUCAAACAGGAAGCCGUCUCACCGUCAGCUGGGAAGGGGGAUUGAAUUAAGCGGUGCCAUGUCGGCGUCGUAAUACAAUGAGGGAGGCCUGGCGUAAACGCUAAUUGCAUCUUUUGAUGGGACGGCGCUUCCCUGUUUGCUGUUAGUUUGUGUGUGUGUGUGUGUGUGUGUGUGUGUGUGUGUGUGUGUGAGCUGGAGGGGAGGCCGGUGUGCUAACAUGAGUCACGGCGACACAAAGCCAUCCUCCCUGGCUCUGCCGGUAAACCGUCUGCCUCCGUUCAGCCCAGAUGUGUCGGCUUUGUUUGUCCGCCUUUUGUCAUUAGGCCGCCCUGACUUAAGCUCAAAAGCAAUUAUUCAGCCAGGCAAUGAAUGUGAUGCCCUUUAAACGGUCUGCGGUUUGUUUAUGGAGGGGGGAGACGCCCGCAGCUGUCGUUCCACAGGGCUCAGAAAGUUGAAGAAUAUUUGGAAAAAUCAAUGUCUGUGUGAAUCACCGGCGACUUGUAGCUGAAUAACAACUCAACCCUCACAUGUUAAGAAGUAGUUGUUUCUGGGUGGAAGAGGUUUUUUUUACGCAAAAUAGGUGGAAUCUUCACAGUCACUGUGUGCACCGCAGCAUCUCCUGUGUGGGUGAGAAGAGGAAGUCACACUUAUCAGGGAGGUGGUGCGUGAAUCAUUCCACUCUCUCACACGUCGGAAUACCAGGUGGAGAAAGAAAAAAAAAAAAGGAGAAGGAGCAGCAAAAAAUACCGCGACGCGCUCCAAGUCAAGCCACAUUUAGCCGGCCUGCAGGCCGGCCGCGUUUGGCCAAGAAAUCUGUCACUUCUCCAGGAAUCCCGCUUCUCAUUUUCACCCUCCGGAGCUGAAACACGCUGAAAGUCGACCCAUUUCCUGAAUACUGAAAUGUAAACAUGGGUGUGAUCGGCCGCUGAGCUGCACACAGUGAAUUUCAGGAGGAGCGGUGUGGAAACACUGCAUGUUUUUCCCCCACAAAUGAAGCUGAAAGUGCUGAUCCGAUCAAAUCUGCGGUGCUGGUUAAUGAGCGGUCUACCGCUCUGUCCGAACACCACGGUGUCGUCCUGGACGGAGGGAACACUCCUGCUGGGAGGGAGAGGAGCAGCUUUGAAGUCUCCAAAGCUAAUUUGCCUUCCUAUGAAUAUAUUUAUCUAUAUAUACAGUAUAUAUGUAUUGAGACUCACUUUCUGUGUUUAGUAUUGAUUAGUUGUGUACUGCUAUGUUCUACCAGUGUACUGACUGUAUUCCUGUGUAAUCCAAUGUUCAUUUUGUCGUUAGUUGUUUUGAGCACUCCAGUCUUGAUAUAAAUGUUUAUUUUU